AUGAAGAGAGGGAAUUUUUACGGUGAUUAUUUUUUCCAGUGGGACACGGCUGGCCAGGAGCGAUUCAGAACGAUAACUUCCAGUUACUAUAGAGGAGCUCACGGCAUCAUAAUUGUAUACGAUGUAACGGAUCGUGAAAGCUUCAACAAUGUUAAACAUUGGGUGCAAGAAAUUGACAAAUAUGCGACUGAGAAUGUCAGCAAGCUGUUGGUCGGCAACAAGAGUGACCUCACAUCAAAAAAGGUUGUCACCUACGAUGAGGGUAAGGAGUUGGCAGAUCAGCUCGGAAUUUCUUUUUUGGAAACUUCUGCGAAAAACUCGCACAACGUUGAGCAGGCAUUCAUUGAAAUGUCCAGAGGCAUCAAGUCACGGGUUAAGACUACGCCUCAGCCUAAUCGAUCGGGUGCGGGCGGCCCUGCACGUCUUAGGCCGGGACAGCCUGCUCAUGGCAAUCAAUCUGGGUGCUGCAGUGGGUGA